CUCAACGUUUGUUCUAUUUACAGGUCAACCCGCUACGUCUCUCUCUCUCUCUCGCUUCCAACCUCUGUCUCCAUCUCGUCGGUGACAUUGGAGCAAAAGGACAGCACGAUCAUGGACAACGUCUGCGGCGGCGUCUGACAGGGUGUACUCAUAAAUCACGCACUAUUGGUGGACCAUUCUUUGCUGCUUCGCCUCAGUCUCGACUGAACAAUGUCGACCCGCUCAUCAGGUAGCAGUCCUCAGUUGACUGUCCAUUCUCAUACCUCCCCGACGUCCUUCUUCACACCUACCAACAUUCGAUUUUCCGAUCUCUCCAGUGAUCCGUCUGAACGUACGCCGACCAGUGAAUGGAACUCUAGAAAAGCCAGAAAGGGUCGAUAUGCUUCACGCCCUGCGACGGUGAGGUACAUUACGACGAAAGAUGGAGCGAGAGGCAGUCGUUUGGAAGGAUACGGGACGAUGAUUGCUCAAGAGCUCAAUGGGCGGAUCAAGCAUGAGGAGAGCAAAUUGAAGCCGAAUUUGAAGAUGGAUAUCAGCUGGUGGGUUGCCGUAGCGUUCACAUUUGGAUCAGCCGUCUGGGUUGUCAAUGGCUACGUCGAAUGGUUCCCAUUGUUCCGACCCAAUUUGGACAAUCAGACCGUCAGUCGAACGGCCGCAGCACUGGCAUUCAUAGGAGGAACAGUCUUCGAAAUUGGUUCUUACUUGAUGGUCGUGGAAGCUCUGGACCGCGGCCGGGAGAUUAAUUUUGGUACUGCCAUCGGGCAGCUGCUCCAUCAUCGUCGUCAUGUGGAUCAGGAGAAAGAUGCUGAGCAUCACAAGUUGAUUCAAGAUCACGUUUUACACCACCGUGAACGGCAUUCAUCCAGUACAACCCUAAGUCACGCGGUGAACACAGAUGGAGGUACGGAGAAGAAUGGAAAGCAGAGCAAAGUCAAGCCUUGGAUUUGGUGGGGUCCACCCAUGUGGCACGACAUGGGUUAUUGCGCAGCCGUCAUCCAGUUCUUCGGAGCCACAGUCUUUUGGAUCGCUACCAUCACCGGUCUACCUGGCGUCAUUCCUGGAUUCGCCGCUGGUGGAGGAUCCAUAGCCAUCAUUGACGUCUUCUUCUGGACGCCUCAAGUUGUGGGCGGAACCGGAUUCAUCAUCUCGUCCACGCUCCUCAUGCUGGAAGUUCAAGGAUCGUGGUGGAGGAUCAAACCAUUGGAUAUUGGUUGGCAUGUCGGAUUCUGGAAUCUCAUUGGAUCGAUAGGAUUCACCCUAUGUGGUGCGCUUGGUUUCUCAUCAAAGUCUGGAGUAGUGUACGAAUCGGAUCUAGCAACAUUCUGGGGAAGUUGGGCAUUCUUGAUUGGCAGUUGUUUUCAAGUUUGGGAAUCGAUCUGGAGGGAAGCUGAGCCUGAACCAGAUACGAAGAAGGGUUGAGAUGAUGCACGACAGGAUUACAUUCGAGAAUGCA